GGCUGAGAGCUCCUGACGGCGUGUCAAGCGCGGUGGAUUUAAACUCGCUAAAAAAGUUCCAUUUAAAUUUACUGGAUGAAGUCCCAUAACAAAGAGCAGCCAAGGAUCACUUAGGUGACAACUACCUGAUUUAAAGACAUCUACAACCACACAUAGCUGAUGCUCACGAGACAGCAAAACAAAAUGCCAACUUCAGGGGGAGGAUCCAGUUACAACGCCAGGUUCGACGAACUGGAAUCGAAAUUGGACAAAAUACUGGAACUCAAUGCCUCUACGAACACACUGCUGAACUCUGUUGUUCAGCGAAUGGAUGCCUUCGAUGGAAGAAUGGAAAAUCUAGUAGGUGAAAUGCACGAUCAAGGAGUGAAGUUAGACACACAGGAAAACCGAGUCUCCAAAUUAGAAAGGAAAAUGCAGCUGGCCACUGAUUACAUUGAUCAACUUGAAAACCGGCACCGCCAGAACAAUUUAAGACUCCUGAACGUACCGGAGAGGGAAGAAAGGGAUUUGCCAAUGAUUACCUUUUUAGUUAAAACUUUAAAGGAGAAAUGGAGCCUAACACUCAAGGAAGAGGAUUUUGAAAGAGCGCAUCGCGUGGGGCCAAUUAAGGACAACGCAAAACACCCCCGCGCCAUCAUCUUCAAGCUCCAUCAUUUUCAGAAGAAACUGCAGAUCUUGAAACAGGCCAAGGGGAGACAAGAUGGGAGCAACUUCAGAGUGGUUACGGAUAUGUCCGCUCAGACCCGCGCAAGGAGAGCUGAGUUCUGGCCCUUAAGAGAACAACUACACCGGCUGAAUGUAAAGACAUUUCUGCGGCACCCGGCAACACUGUGCGUGGAGGACGGAGGGACAGUGAUGAGCUUCGGAUCCUUUGAGGAGGCCAAAGUGGAGUUACAACAAAAAUACCCCUCUAUUAUCAAAAAUAAUCCAUAAUGGGAUCCCAAGGUCUGAGGCAAGACAUCUGUGGUCGAGAAAAUCAUCAGCUUGCAGAGAGAAUCAUCGGCUCUGACCUCCCCUCCAUGGACACACAUCUCACACAGAGCUGCAAGAGUAAAGUGCAGAGCAUCCUCAGAGACAAACAUCACCCAGAUCAUGUUCUGUCCAAAUGGAAGGACUCAGGCUAUACAACCUGAGACACCACGGGCCAGUGAAGAACUCUCCAUAACAGCCUCUUCUCUGAUGCUAUAAGAUCAUCACAGGACAUUAAGGUGGGAGGAAAAUACCACACCCCACUCCUCAAAGACUCUAUGUACAGUUAACUACCUCACAGUGCAACAACAACAUGCAGGAACAACAGUUGACAAAAUAGAGCAAUAAUGUUAUAGUGCAGUAAUGGCUCUGGGAGAUUUCUGAGUGCAAUAACACGCGUGUAAAUCACAUCUCUGUAAUCUAGAGGGAAAAAAGCUUCAACAAUCAAUCUCCUACACAACAUUGUAUAGUUCGUUUAUUGUUGAUAUAAAAAAAACGUUCUUACGUAGUUUUUUGGUUAGAUGUCUAUGUGAUAUUUAAAUUAGAGUUAAUCCUCUAUCUAUAUACUUA